AUGGCAAGCCUCCCUUGUGGCUCCGCCUGCCCCGGCCGUCUGGUACUGCCCAUGGGAGAUGACAUGCACACGCACUUACGGCAAGGAAAACUGAUGGAGGCUGUCACCCCUCUAAUAAGGAGAGGCGGAUGCAACCGCGUCGUGGUAAUGCCGAACACCAUUCCACCCAUAGUGACCUGCGGCCAGGCUCUGGCGUACCGAGAGAAGCUUUUGCAGCAAGACUCAAAGGUGGACUAUCUAAUGACGCUCUACCUCUCCCCGGAGGUUGAUUGCAAGGAUAUCCUCGAGAAUGCGAAGAAGUCGCAUGUUGUCGGGGUCAAGUUGUAUCCGCGUGGGGUUACAACGAAUUCGGAUAGCGGCGUGGAGGAUCUGUCCGGGUUCCACCCCGUAUUCAAAACCUUAGAGACGUGCGGCCUGACUCUGCACAUCCACGGCGAACAAGUCGGCGCCGAGCUUCUCCGAGCAGAGGAGCUGUUUCUUCCUGCCUUUGAAGAGAUUCAUUCCAAGUACCCCGACUUGAAGAUCGUUUUUGAACAUAUUUCCACAGCCGCUGCAGUUCGCGCUGUCAGAGGCAAACGCAAUGUCGCGGCCACCAUCACUGCCCACCACCUCAGAUUGACCAUUGCAGACGUCUUGGCGUCCGAGGAGGUUGAACGGCACAUAAAGGAAGCUGCUUCUGGAGCUCGCUCGUUCCCCCCCACUGUCUGUUGCCCACAUAACUUUUGCAAGCCCAUAGCCAAGCUGCAGCAAGACCGCGAUGAACUGCUACGCGUUGUUCGAGAGGGAGAUCCGCAGUUUUUCCUCGGCUCGGACUCUGCCCCCCACCCCCGCCACAAGAAGGAGGCGGAGCCACCGGCUGCUGGUGUGUUUACGCAGCCGCUUCUUCUCGCGGUGAGCACGCCACUCCUCCGUAUGGCAGUCCCACCUGUUCAAGAUUUAGCGUGCGGAGCUGCAGCCUGCUGCCCUUUCUGCGCGCAGUAUCUCGCCGAUACUUUGUCGCGUGCAGGGUGUCUGAAGAACCUGCGGGCUUUUGCCUGCGAGCUGGUGGAGGGCGAAGACUGCGUGGUACUGGACCCGACGCCAUGCCGUGUCCCUAGCGUCUUUGGCGAAGAAGAAGGCCUGGCAGAGGAAUUAGUGCCUUUUUUAGCCGGCGAAGAGCUCGCCUUCUCUGCUAGGAUAGUGCCCUUCACAGAGAGUCUGCUAGAGAAAUAA